AUGGAAGCUAUGCUGCGAGAAGCGAUGGAGGGUAGCGACUCUGCGGCCUUGGAAGACGCCAUCGGAGAAGGCGAGCGCGUGGGGCUAUCAGAGGAGGUUCUCAUCGAAGCUUUCGAGGUCCUGCCGCGAGUGGUGGAGGCGGCGCAGAGCCUCGUUAAGGCGAUGAGCGGCAGCGACCUGCAAGCACUGCAGAAGGCUCUUGCCCACGCGAAAGAGCUGAAAGUGAACAAGAAGGCUUUGCCAGACGGUAAAGACGCGGUGCCCGCCAUGUUUUCGGCGCGUUUUGACGGUGGCGAGAUGGAACAGAAGUUUCGGCGAGUGCACAGGAUCCUCGAGGAUCACAACUUUCCAGUGCGGAUGGUCGCAGCUGGAGGUGGUGACGAUUUUGGCAGGUCUACAAUGAAGUAUCUGAGCGAGCUUGACGAGAAGGGUGGCGUGCUGAUUUGUGUUUGCACGGCACAUUAUGCUGAGAAGACCAAGUCACCCUUCAGCUCUUUCCAUGAAUUAAAGUAUGCGCAAGACUACAGUCUGGAUGUUCUGCCGCUGCAAGUGGCAGACGUCUAUCCCCCACGACCGCCAAGCGGUCCAGAUCAUUUCAACGACAAGGACGGCGAAGCGCAGGCCGUGAUCAAGAUGGUCUUGAGACCCAACGUUGCGUUCAAGGACUGCCGUGACCUCGAUGAGAUGAAGAUCGCCCGAGUGAUCGCAGAGAAGUUGCUGAAGAAGCGGAGCCUCGCCUAG